AUGGCAAUUUUAUUUAAGGGUAUCUAAGUGAUCCUCGAAAUAUAUAUUAAAAAGCCAGGGUAAUAAGGGAAACCUUUCGGAAAACCAUUCUAAAAGUAAUUUAUAAUAUUAGUUUUUAGGCAAAUAUAAUGUAGGUUUUAAAGAUGCAAAGAAUUUUUAUACGACUAAAAGAAUUGCUAAAAUCAAUAAAUAAGCAGUCCUUUUUAUCCUAUUUUUUUUGGCUAGCUACGUUCACUUCAAUUUUUGAUAAUUAAGGCUAUGGGAACUAUCUUUUGGCACCAGGUUCUUAUAGCAUUUCUUCAUUUUUUUUGUAUCAUUCAAUAAAGCUAAAACAUCCUUAAAAUGUUGAAGAUUUCCUUCAAAAACAAAUAAUAAUACUUCUACUCUUUUAAUGAAAAUGAAUUUUAUUAAUAGAAGUUUGAAGAUUACUUAUUCAAUUAAUUUUGUACAUCUGAUCAAAGUAAAGAAUUGUCUUAUUCAAAUAAAUAAUUUAAAUAUUCUCAAUGUAUAGAUAUUAACAAUACGAAAGAUUCAUAUCAAAAAUAAGAGACUUUAUUUUAGUAUUUUAUAAAUUCUCUAAUAAUUUUCAAAGGCCUGAUAGAUAUGAAAAGAUUUCUAAAAAUUGGUAUAAUUUCUCAAUUAAAGAAUAGAAAAAAAGUUCGAAGGACCUUUGAAAAAUGCUUAUAAAUAUUUAUAUUCAACUUGA